AUGAAGAAGGCAGUGGAUCGAUUCAAGCGUCUUGAGAUGGGCAAGUUGGAGGCCGACGAAUAUGAUACUUGUAUGAUGGAUUUUGUUCUUAGGCGACAGAUACGAGAACCCAAGAAGGAACAGCGGGCUCUGACUGAUCCGACCAAGAAUCCGAAUAUGUUGGAUGAGGUGUUUGUGAUGCUUGCUGGGGUAUGCCACGCAGUAUGGGGAACCAGAGCUGUCUGUCUUACAAGAUCUUCCAGUGUCACGAUCCUACUGCUAAGGCGCUUACGUUGGUUCGUCAGAUGUAUGGAAGCAUACCUAGGCGUCUAG